AAGAUCCGAAUACGAGACGGAGUCACGAAGACCAGCACAACAAUAUUUUACUCUACACUACUCUCCCACCCUCCUUAACGCGUUUACCUCUUUCAGACUUUUCCUUGUUUAUCUCGUAUUCGCAGUUGUACACCCACAUUCUUCUCUUCUUCUCCAGACUAGAUCCCUCGUGUGCUACGCCGUUCAGCGUUUCCCAGAUCCAUUUCUUAAUUCUACAUCCUCAACACACCUGAUUUCCUUUUUCCCGAUAUAUCGCAUUCGUCCCAUUACCGAGUCACCGACGAUUUCUUUUUUUUUUUUUUUUAGGAAAUGAAGAGUUCAAGCAAAAUUUUCGCGUUGGGUUUGGUUGCGUCAUGGUACUCGUCGAAUAUAGGUGUGCUUUUACUGAAUAAGUACUUGUUAAGUAACUAUGGGUUCAAGUAUCCAAUCUUUUUAACCAUGUGUCACAUGACGGCUUGUUCUUUGUUAAGUUACAUUGCCGUUGCGUGGUUGAAGAUGGUUCCCAUGCAAACUAUCCGAUCUCGUCUUCAAUUUCUCAAAAUCUCCGCCUUGUCCUUCGUGUUUUGUAUUUCCGUUGUUUUUGGGAAUGUCUCCUUGAGGUUCCUACCGGUUUCCUUUAAUCAGGCUGUUGGUGCUACGACGCCGUUUUUCACUGCUGUUUUCGCCUACCUGAUGACGCUUAAACGUGAAGCUUGGCUCACUUAUGUCACCCUCAUUCCUGUUGUUACUGGGGUGAUCAUCGCUAGUGGGGGCGAACCAAGUUUCCAUCUGUUUGGAUUUAUAAUGUGCAUUGCGGCAACAGCUGCCCGGGCAUUUAAAUCUGUGCUACAAGGGAUUUUACUUUCUUCAGAAGGGGAGAAGCUGAAUUCCAUGAACCUCCUUCUAUACAUGGCUCCAAUAGCUGUCAUUUUUCUACUCCCUGCAACACUUAUAAUGGAAAAGAAUGUGGUUGGUAUUACACUCGCACUUGCCAGAGAUGAUGUCAAGAUCAUCUGGUAUCUACUGUUCAAUUCAGCUCUAGCUUAUUUUGUAAAUCUGACCAACUUUUUGGUCACAAAACAUACCAGUGCUCUGACUCUCCAGGUGCUAGGAAAUGCAAAAGGAGCAGUGGCUGUGGUGGUGUCAAUUUUGAUAUUUAGAAAUCCCGUAUCCGUAACUGGAAUGCUUGGUUACACAUUGACAGUGUUUGGAGUGAUCCUCUAUAGUGAAGCAAAGAAACGAAGCAAGACAACAUGAAGAAACAGAAUAUGUGCAAUCUGUUAUAAAUUUGUUUCCAUAGUGCCCGGAGAGAGGCAACUUUGGUGGGGAGCAAAGUUUGGGAUGUGUGGUAGUAGAUGAUGGUGGUGUUGGAUUUUGCCCACUUAAAUUCUAUUUUUUUCCCUGGAAGCCUGAGACCUGGUUUCCAUUUUCUAUGAGCAACAAGCGCAGGAUCAGACAAUAGUAAAAAAAAAAUACCUUUCUUAUUCUUUCAGGAGAGAUUUGUAGAAUUGGAUCUCUACACAAUUUAGGUCUGUUAUUAACAUUGUCAUAUUGAUUAAUUAAUGAAAGUUACUCAUAAUUUCUCAA